AUGAAGAGAAGUGAGAAGCCAGAAGGUUAUAGACAGAUGAGGCCUAAGACUUUUCCUGCCAGUAACUAUACUGGCAGCAGCCAGCAGAUGCUACAGGAAAUACGAGAGAGCCUCAGGAAUUUACCUAAACCCUCAGAUGCUGCUAAAGCUGAUCACGGCAUGGGCAAAAUGUUAUCUGAAGAUCCUAGACAAGGCCGAAAUCCCCCCAAAUUUGUAACAUAUCAUAAAGUUUUGCAGGAGAUAAGAAACUCACUUCUGCCUUUCGCAAACGAAACCACCUCAGCUGUCAAAGGAACAUCAGAAGUUAAUCGACAAAUGCUGCAAGACUUACAAGCUGCUGGCUUUGAUGAGGAUAUGGUUAUACAGGCUCUUAGACAAACUAACAACCGUAGUAUAGAAGCUGCCAUCGAAUUUAUAAGUAAAAUGAGCUACCAGGAUCCUCGUCGGGAACAGAUGGUUGCAGCAGCAGCAAGACCUGUAAACGCAGGUAUGAAACCACCAGGGACUGUACAGCAGUCAGUUAACCGCAAGCAGAGCUGGAAGGGUUCUAAGGAGUCCUUGGUUCCCCAGCGGCAUGGCCCUUCCCUGGGAGAUGGUGUAGUUUAUCGCUCAGAAAGUCCCAGCUCUCAGCCUGAUGUAGGAAGGCCGUUAUCUGGAUCUGGCAUUGCAGCAUUUGCUCAGGCUCAUCCUGGCAACGGACAAAGAGUGAAUCCCCCGCCUCUACCACAGAUAAGGAGUGUCACUCCUCCUCCUCCACCUCCUCGAGGACAGACACCCCCUCCAAGGGGAACUACUCCUCCACCUCCUUCCUGGGAACCAAACUCUCAAACAAAGCGUUACUCUGGAAACAUGGAAUAUGUGAUCUCCCGUAUUUCUCCAGUGCCACCAGGAGCGUGGCAGGAUGGUUAUCCACCUCCACCUAUGAAUCCUCCACCCAUAAAUUCUUCCACGCAGGGUCAGAGAGGCAUGAGCGCAGUCCCCAUUGGCAGGCAACCAAUAAUCAUGCAGAGUUCUGCCAACAGCAAAUUUAGCUUUCCCUCAGGAAGAGCUGGAAUGCAAAAUGGCAAUUGUCAGACAGAAUUCAUAGUUCACCAGAACAUGGUGUCUGGGAACUCAGUGAGUCGCCAGCCACCCCCGUACCCCAUGAAUCCAACUAACAGGCAAAGUCCCACAGCACUACAGAUGCAGGCAGGAGGAUCUGCUCCUCCUUCAGCAUACACCAAUGGGAAUCUUCCUCAAGCAAUGAUGGUGCCAAAUAGAAAUAGUCACAACAUGGAACUUUAUAAUACAAACGUAGCUGGAAUACCUGCGUCCUGGUCACAGCCCUCCUCUGUGCAGUCUCAGUCAUCACCUGGCAAUGGGCAUGACAUGCCUACAUGGCAACCCAACGUUCCCGUACGGUCAAAUUCUUUCAACAACCACCAUGGAAACAGGCAGAGUCACUCUAGCAGUUCUCAGCCUUCAGCUACAACAGUAACAGCUAUAACGCCAGCUCCCAUUCAGCAACCGGUAAAAAGUAUGCGUGUGUUAAAACCAGAGCUACAGACUGCCUUAGCACCCACUCACCCUUCCUGGAUGCCACAACCAGUGCAAACUGUUCAGACCAUUCCCUUUUCUGAGAGUCCAUCUACUAAUAUGGCAGUUAUGUCUCCUGUUGCAGAGGCUCCAAAUUACCAGGGUCCCCCACCACCUUACCCAAAACACUUGUUACACCAGAAUCCCUCUGUCAAUCUGUAUGAGCCAGGGCCCAAGCUCAACAAGGAGGAACCACCUAUUUUGUCCAAGGAGGAUGAGAAUGAAAAGAAUUAUGAAUGUGUUGAUGCAACAGAUAAAGAAAAGAAACAAAUUACAACAUCACCUGUUCCUGUUAGAAAAAACAAGAAAGAUGAAGAAAGAAGAGAGUCUCGCAUUCAAAGCUAUUCCCCUCAGGCCUUUAAAUUUUUCAUGGAGCAGCACGUGGAGAAUAUACUCAAGUCACAUCAGCAGCGUUUACAUCGGAAGAAACAACUAGAGAAUGAAAUGAUGCGGGUUGGAUUGUCACCGGAAGCCCGAGAUCAAAUGAGGAAAAUGUUGUGCCAGAAAGAGUCAAAUUAUAUUCGGCUAAGAAGAGCUAAAAUGGACAAGUCGAUGUUUGUAAAAAUUAAAACUCUGGGAGUUGGUGCAUUUGGAGAAGUUUGCCUAGCAAGAAAAGUGGAUACUAAUGCUUUAUAUGCAACAAAAACUCUGAGAAAAAAAGAUGUAUUGCUUAGAAAUCAAGUUGCUCAUGUUAAAGCUGAGCGGGAUAUCCUUGCAGAAGCUGAUAAUGAGUGGGUGGUUCGCCUGUACUAUUCAUUCCAAGAUAAGGACAAUUUGUACUUUGUAAUGGACUACAUUCCAGGAGGUGAUAUGAUGAGUCUUCUAAUUAGAAUGGGUGUCUUUCCAGAAAAUCUGGCACGGUUCUACACAGCAGAACUGACCUGCGCAGUUGAAAGUGUUCAUAAAAUGGGCUUCAUCCACAGAGAUAUUAAACCUGAUAAUAUCUUGAUAGACCGUGAUGGUCAUAUUAAAUUGACUGACUUCGGGCUCUGUACAGGUUUUCGAUGGACCCACGAUUCAAAAUACUACCAGAGUGGUGAUCAUGCACGUCAAGACAGUAUGGAUUUCAGCAAUGAAUGGGGUGACCCAGCAAAUUGCAGAUGUGGAGAUCGACUGAAGCCACUUGAACGCAGGGCUGCACGUCAGCAUCAGCGCUGUCUGGCCCAUUCUCUUGUCGGCACACCCAAUUAUAUUGCGCCAGAAGUAUUGUUACGAACAGGUUACACACAGUUGUGUGACUGGUGGAGCGUUGGAGUAAUUCUCUUUGAAAUGUUAGUGGGACAGCCUCCGUUCCUGGCACAAACACCACUGGAAACACAAAUGAAGGUUAUCAACUGGCAAACCGCACUUCAUAUUCCACCUCAAGCUAAAUUGACUCCAGAGGCCUCCGACCUUAUUAUUAAACUCUGCCGAGGGCCAGAAGACCGUUUAGGCAAAAAUGGUGCAGAUGAAAUAAAAGCUCAUCCAUUUUUUAAAACAAUUGAUUUUUCAAGCGAUCUACGGCGGCAGUCCGCUUUCUACAUUCCCAAAAUUGCACAUCCUACGGACACAUCAAACUUUGAUCCAGUUGAUCCAGAUAAAUUGUGGAGUGAUGAUGAUAAGGAAGGGAACAGAAAUGAUACACUUAACGGGUGGUACAAAAAUGGAAAACAUCCUGAACAUGCUUUUUAUGAGUUCACCUUCCGAAGGUUUUUUGAUGACAAUGGCUACCCGUACAACAAUCCAAAGCCCAUUGAGUAUGACUACAGUAGUUCCCAAAACUCAGAACAGCAGUCAGAUGAUGAUGAUGAUGAUGAUGAACAGGCAGGCAGAGGGGUCCAGAAUCGUGACCUGGUUUAUGUUUAGUAGAGGAAUAAAGAUUAAAAGCUAAAUAAACUUAUUUUGUAGC